AUGAAUACAAAAUCAUUCAUACCGAAAUUUGAUGGCCUAAAGUUACUUAAUACUGUUUUAACAUCUAGAUUCUCAAUAUGUAACAAUGUAUAUUGGAUUAAAUCGUCAAAGUUUUGUACGCACUUGAGGUAUCGUACAUCCUAUUUUGAACAAAAUGACCAUAAAGCGUUUUCCACCAACUAUAGGCCAAUCAAUAUGGCCAAAUACAAUAUCCCGAGUUCUAUAAUAACUAAUGAUGAUGGAGAAGUUAUUGAUUUGAACGUGAAACAAUUAUGUAAGGAAUCACAUCAAAAUCUUCUUCUCUAUGCAUAUAAUAACUUUGAUAUUGUAACUGUGACUAGGAUUACAAAUUUGGUGUUAGCUCUUUAUCAAACUGUUUCUGGAAGAAAAUCUGAAGCUGUGCGUAGGAUUUAUCUAAAUAGAUUUCUAAAAUGUAUAAAGAAACAUAAACCAGAAUCAGACCAUGAACAGCUUGCUAAAUGGUUUAUUAGAUGUAUCGAUAUCCUAACAUGUAAUGAUUUUUAUUCUAUGUUGCGGGUUCGAUAUAUUUUAAGCUAUGAUAAUUCAUUUGAAACAUUCAAGACAUCCUUUGGGAUGGAAGACUUUGAAAAAUUCUCAACAGUCCAAAACUCCAAAGAACCGCAUAAUAAAAUCAUAAGUGAAAGUAUGAUGACUAGCUCUAGCAGACGUAGAUAUAUUGCAAUGCAAUAUUUGAAAAUUAACAGAUUUAAAUUCCUAAAAGAGCAGAAUAUAACGAAAGCCGUUUGUGAAGCAAAUAUAGAUUGGGAUUAUGAAAAUAUAGAAAAUAUAGAAAUAGAUGAAAGUAGAUAUGCAUUUUUAUAUAAUCUACCAUUUGUAGAGUUGGGGGAUCUCAAAAAAUCAAUAUUUUCUGUUGUAUCCCGUUUCGGAGUGAUUAAAAAUGUAGAAAUAAUGAGUGAUCGCCUACCACCAUUAAGUGUUCUGGUAAAAAAAGAUUCUCUGAAAAACAAAAUACCUCCUCCAAAGGACAAAUAUUCGCCGCUUUAUGCGAUAAUAGAAUUCGAAAAUAAAGAAGGACGAGAUGCCUUAUGCUACGAAGAUAUUCGUGUCUUUGGAUUUUUAUGUUGCGGAAGACUAGUAUAUCCGGAAAAGGCUGAGAGGAAACAUAGCCUUCUGAUAGCUCUAUAUCCACCUUUUAAACGAGAGACAGGUUAUAUUAUAGCUAACUAUAUCAAAAUUGUUAUAGAUGCUUUAAGAUUCAUCGCAAACAGUCUAGUUGAUAAAAUAGACGAUAGUAUAGAACAAAAUUCUGAACUACCAUGUUUGUUUAAUUUUUUCGUCAAUAUUCCCGUAGUUUCUACCCAGUGUACAAUAAAAUCACAUUUUGGAAAAAGGAAUCUGGACAACCCAUUUGUAAUUACAGCGAGUUCACAAAUAACCGAUGAUUCCAAGGCUCAAAUAUUGGUAGGUGUUUCAACUUUUUUGCAGCAAUUACAGGAUAAUUAUGUCGAUUGUUCAAUGUUGGAUACUAUAAAAAAGAAGAGGAAUUCAACGAGGGAAAUGGAUCCUCAAUGGAUUGUACUUCGAUUUGGGAAAUUUCAGGACGCCUAUUUUGCUAGAAAGAAACUAAUUGAUAAACUUUCUAACAAGCCUAAAAGUUUCGUCUCUUUUGAUACUAAACGUUCGAUAUUCAGUGACGGUAUGCCAAUAUUGAAAUACCUAAUGUUGCGUCAGAUCGGUAUAUUGAUUUAG